AUUCUCUUCCAGCUAAGUAAACGAGUGGAGGAAGGGAUAGGGAGUGGCGGUGGAUCGAGAUGAGUCAGUGCGUGCCGAGUUGGGAGGUCGACGACCCGCCGCCUCCGCCGCCUUCCGCCCUUCAUUCAGCCUGCGUCGGCGACGCCGGCCUCUGUGGCGGGGAGCUGGGAAUGGACUACGAGAUCGCCGAGCUGACGUGGAAGAACAGCCAGCUGGAGCUCCACGGCCUCGUCCCGCCUCGUAGGUCCCCGGUUGCCGCCGCCGCCGGAAGCGCGGAGUGGAGCAAGAAUCACCGGAGUGGCACCCUUGAGUCGGUCGUGAAUCAGUCCGCCGCCGGCGGAGGCGGCCGCCGCGAGCUGGCAAGCCACGAAUUGGCGGACUGGUACGGCGGAGAGCCGCGCCACCCCCCGGGGGCGGCGGUCGACGCGAUCGUCCCCUGCCACGACGCCGUCGCCAACAGCGGCGGCGCAAGGAAGCGGGCGCGAAUGACGGGGGUGUGCUCCAGCCAGGGCAGCGCGGUGGGGUCCCUGGCCACCACGCUGAUGACGCUGGACACGUGGAGGGAAGAAGAGAACGACGGCGGUGCGGCUGCCACCGCAACCACCACCGCCUAUACGGCUGCCACCGCAACCACCACCGCCUUUACGGCUACCAACUCGACCUCGUCGGAGACGGAGAACACGAGCUUCGGGGGGAAGAGGAAGGUGCUGGGCGUCUACAACCACGUGUCCAUCAGCCACACCAGCUCCCACACCAGCUCCGACACCAAGCAUGAUAGUUUCUGCGACGAAGUAGAGAAAACCACCAAAAGCGAGGCGGAGAAAGGUUCAGCCUCCACCAGAAAAAGCAGAGCCGCCGCCGUCCACAACCAGUCCGAACGUGUUAAAGAGAGAGGCAUUCCUUGCUCCAACAAGAGAGAGAAUUCAUUGGUCCAACAAGAGAGAGACAUUCACAAGAGCCCCUCUCAAUCUACAAAAAGGAGGGACAAGAUCAAUCAAAAGAUGAAAACCCUACAGAAGCUGGUCCCUAAUGCAAGCAAGACCGACAAAGCGUCGAUGCUGGACGAGGUGAUCGAGUACCUGAAACAGCUACAAGCUCAGAUCCAGAUGAUGAGCAAGUUUAACAUGAUGAUGCCGAUGGCCCAGGCAGCAGCGAUGCCGCAGCUUCAAAUGCCGGUGAUGGCCGCCCACGUCCCCCAAAUGCCUCAGAUGGGAAUGGGUUUGGGCCUGAUGGACUUAGCUUCGAUGAGUCGACCGAUGCCUCCCCCCGCUUUUCCCCUCCUCAAUCCGUCGGCGUUCCUCCCGUUCAUGUCGGCUGGGGGUUGGGACGCCUCCGGAGAUCAUCGGCGUCUCGCCGGCGUCCUCCCUGAUCCUUACACGGCCCUCAUGGCUUGUCAAAUGGCACAACAGCAACCAAUGAGUUUGGACGAGUACAGUAGGAUGGCUGCGUUGUUCCAGCAGUUUUAUCAGCAGCAACCGCCGUCCAGUGCCAAGCAGUAGGAUUCAUGCCUUGUCUUGUGAUUCCUUGUUUACACUAGAUAUAUAAAAAUAUACACAUAUAUGUAUGCAUAUGUAUCAUGUAUAUGUGCAUGUAUUUGGAUUCCCGAAGUGAGAGACUGUGCAAUAUUAUGUGUUUUGUUCAUUGAA